CCGACAGCUAAGUCCUCUUCAACUUCUCCGUUUCCCCGCCCCAAUGACGUCAGUAGAGACGACAGUGGGGUCCCGACAGCCUAGAGGAUGUAUUCACGAACUUAAGUUGAUAUGGACAGGGCUUUCUUAAUUUUGGGGUAAUGAUCCAAGGACUAAUAGUUGGCAGAAAGGGAUGUUGAGUUAAACCAAGGUAAAUUCUCCACCGGAAAUUAGCCAGAUUUGGAAACUAGUAUUAUAAUGCAAUUUGCUGGAUGGCGAUGGCGGAGGAACUGUUUUGUAAAGUGGUUUCCAUCGUGGUGAAGUGUAAAGACUGUGAAGACAGGCGAAUAAAUGUAAGAAUAACUGUAGAGACUCAUCCCUCCACAAACCCAAUUCAUAAAAAGGACCUUGUUGUUCGUCUUACUGAUGAUACUGAUUUAUAUUUCUUAUAUAACCUUAAAAUUGGUGAAGAAGAUUUUCUGAAUUUAAAAAGUCAACAAGGACUACUCGUGGAAUUUUCUGCCUUUCCACAGCGCUUUAUAGAUCUUUUAGAGCAAUCAAUUUCUGAACAAGUAAAGGAAGUGCCUAGGUUUUUGCUUCAGCUAGUAACAGCAUCACCAGCUUUGGACCACAUGCCGGCGAGUCUAGAUGUAGUAGAAACAAACCCUUUCAAACAUCUCACCCAUCUUUCUCUCAGGCUUCUGCCAGGAAAUGACAAUGACAUAAAGAAGUAUCUUGCAGGCUGCUUAAGAAAUCUCAAGACGGAAAAUAGCAUUUUGCAGGAAACAUUGCACCGAACUGAAGAUGAUCUAUCGAAGAGACUAAGUAUAACUCAGCAGACUUUAGCAGAAAAAAGUAAAGAGCUGGACAGGUUACGGAAUGAAUGGACAUCUCAGUCAUCAUUGCUGACCACAAGACAUACACAAGAGAUUGCUGUAGAGAGGGAGAAAGCACAUCAGAUGCAAACACAAUGCCAGCAGCAAUAUGAGCAACAGAAGAGAGAGAUGGAGGCAGCUCAUAAGAAAGCAGUGCACCACUUGGAAUCUAAAGUAGAAGAGCUAGAACUUGUAAACAAAGAUCUCCUAGAGAAAAAAUACAAAUUUGAAUCUUCCAUAAGGGAAAUGAGAGCCAGGCUAUCGGGAUUGGAAGAGGAAAACCAGAGGACAAAACAAGAAGUGGUCUCACUUAGAAGAGAAAAUUCCACUCUUGAUUCCGAAUGCCAUGAAAAGGAGAAGGUAGUGAACCAGCUUAAAACAAAGACUGCUGUCCUGGAACAAGAAGUCAAAGACAAAGAACAAGUACUGAAAAGAAUAAAUGAUGUCUUUGAAAGUGCACAGGAACACAAGAAAAAAAUAGAAGAAUCACUAGAAGAAAAACAAGUACAAAUUGGAAAACUUGAAGCAACUUUAAAAUCUCUUUCUGAAGAACUUCUAAAGACAUACAGAUAUUGUUCUAAACAGGCUAAUGAAAUCAUUAAAAAGCAGCAGAGUGACAUUAAGAAGCUAAUGGAGAAGAGUAAAUUGAAAAAUGCUGUCACCAUGCAACAAGAAAAAAUUCUGGAAGAGAAGGGGCAAACAUUGCAACGAGAGAGACUAGAGCUAAAUAACGUAAAGCAGGCCCUGACGCUCAAGGAACAGCAGGCGUCUGCAUUACAGGAACAAUUAGAUGCUGCUACCCAGAAGUUGGAAGAAUGCAAGCAGAUGCUAAAAACUAAUGAGAAUGUGAUUAAUUGGCUGAACAAGCAACUAAAUGAAAACAAGAUCAUGGCAAUGCAGAGUACAUCUGGUCAAAGUGAUUUGCCGCCUUCUGUGGUAGCUGGUAGCACUUCAUGUAAAUUUGGGGCCCAGAAGAAUCCUCUGCAACAGCACCCACUUCACAGCACUCCUGCCUCUAUGUCAAAGAAUUCCUGGCAAAGCUCUGCUUUAGCUUCAUAUAAUUCCUCACAGAAUUUUGUUCCAUAUCUUCGAAUGAAUGCCCCUCCACUUGACACCCGUAUGCCAAGACCUUGUCUGAAGGUACACUUUGGUCCAACUGCUAUCAGUUCUCCUGCUGCUGAGCCAAGACCCUUUCCACAGACUUCAACUCCUACUGUGCCAGCUGUUUCAAGUGCAAAUGAUCCACCUGGCCUAGAUAUGAAAUAUCUUCAGAGGCAAGAUACCAAUAUCCCCGUACGAAUACAGAAACCAGCUACCCUACCUAGUGCAGUUACUACUAGACCCCUGCUGCCUAAACAAGGAAGCCAACAGGCAGUAUCUGCUUACUUUCCAGGAGCACAGCCUAGACUUCCUGCAUCCUGAAAAUACCAAGCUUGCUGUCCAAAGGUUUCUUCACUGUAAACAUGUAUGGGUGGUGGUGAUACAUCUGUAAAAUUUCCUUACUGGAACAUUCAGUAAUGUGAACAAAGAAAAUAUAAUACUCCCUGAAAUGAGGUGCUUGUAACUUCAUCCUGAAAUUAAACUGCCAAAGCCUCUGUCAAUGAUAAAAUACACAAUUUUACAGAUGAGCUAUCAUGAACAUGGAACAUUUAUACAGAUAUAUUUUUGUAAUUUAUACCAAAGGUCUGCAGUGCAGUAAUGAUUUUUUUUUGUCAAUUGGCAUACUUGCUUGGGAAAUGAAAAACCAAGGAUUGAUGAAUAUUAUAAUUGCAUUGUAUUUAUUCUUUUCUGUGGAAAAGGAAUUUAAAAGAAAUAACUUGUAUGAAAGAAAAUUAACAUGUCUUUGAUUUUCUUUUCCACUCUGCUCUGUUUUUGGAAAUAUGUUUCAAUUGUGUAAAUUUUCCAUAAUUUUUAUAAUUCUAAAUGUAAAUAUUUUUUCUAGAAUGCAAUGGGAUGAACUUUUUUUCUGAGGCAUUUUCUACAGGUAUCAACUGUCUCUUACAUUACAUGAUGCAAAUUAUGUAUUUUUUUUAUAUUUUGAGCAUUUCAAUUUCAGUAUUGCAGUUUUUAUCCAGGUGCAUGCAUGUAAUAUAAAUGUAGUCACAUACAUAUAUUUGGAAUCCAUUGCUAUUUUUGUCAAGAAACAUACUAAAAGUAUGACAUAAACAGUCAUUCACUUCACCCUUAUGUCAUAAUUGUUUAUUACCUUUCAGAAUUAUCACUUUGUAUUGUGUGUUAAAAUGAUCAAUGCAUUUUAAUUAACAUCACUAGACCAUCUGUAGCAAUUAAAGUACAGAAGAAUUGAUACUACUUUGUUUAUAUUGCUAUGUAGACUGAAACAAGUAUCCACAAUAUUUAGGAUUUUCUUUUUCUGUCAGGGAAUUCAUCUUUCUUUCCCUUUGUUUUUGCUUUUACUCUUGGGUAAGAAACAACACAGAAUUUUACUAGCAGUAUUGUCAUGUCAAAAUAUGAAGAAAGCACUUCAUUUCCAAAUUAUUUCCCUUCCUCGAAGUGCAGCUCAGUUGUAUUAUCAUUGUCAUUUGCCACUGAUAUAUACUUUUGGAGCGAUUAAUUUGAAAAGUACUUAAAGCAAUAAGGCCUGAUUGCUGCUGUGUUUUGCCAGUAGUAAAGCUGUUGAUGUUUCAGAUCUGUAUAACUUGUUUGUGUAGCUGCGUUGUUUUCAGUAUGCCUCCAUUUUGAGUACAUUUGUUUUAAAUUGUUGAAAUAAUGUUGAUAAAGUAUUGGAUCUGUAACAGCUAGUGGUGAAUUUUUUCCCAGUACUGAGAUUAUUUAUUUUCGAAUAAGAUGCUUUAUGAUAUUUAAUUCUUAAAGAUGAGCUGAAAGAACCAGUCCUUAUAUUUCUUCCUUUUGCCAUUUUUUUGCAAUCCAAAAAAUCUUGGAUAUUUUGGUUAUGUACCCCAGAGUAUUUUGUCACCCUGAACCUGCAGGGAACUGAAUGAAUUAUUUUAUUCACUACGCAUAUUUCUAUUUGUCAGUAUUAUACAUUGUAUUGGAAGCAUACCUUUCUUGGCAUAAAGCAGUAAAAUGCUUGAUCCCAUGUUUGCUCGCAUUGUUUUAUACUGCGUCUAUGGAUAACUGUUUAAUGUUUGCUCUUUUCAUGUUAUGAAGAGGUAGAAUUAAAAAACACCCCUGACUGUGAAAGAAGAGUGUUAUAUUUCGGUUGUUUUAUGUUUUUGGAAUCAAAAGCACCUCUUAAAUUGUAAUGCAGUGUCUCAGAUGCUCUUUGCAACCCCAUGAUACUCUUCUUUCAAAUCCUGAUCACUUAAGGGUAUGUCUUAAGAUGUAUAUUAUUAAAGCAAUGAAGAGUAGGGCUGUGCCUAGACAUUGUUUAUUUUUGUAACAGUAUAGCUCUUAAACAGCAUAAUGUGUGCUAUGCUUUGUAUGUGUCAUGUACUGAAACUGUAAAUGUAUAAAAUGUAACAUAUUUUGUAUUUAAAAGUGUUGCAUGUAUAUUGGACAUUGUGAAAAAAGUAUACGUACUUUUGAAUUUUUUACUUUCAAGUCUUAUUAAAGUGAAGUCUAAGAGCAA